AUGACUGGACAGCAGACAGUGCAAAUAAAAACUCAAUUUCCAGGUGCAGAAAAAAUAUUUGAUCAGCUGAAUGACGCAUUAAAUGAUGUUGCACUUGCUGGCGAUAAUCUUCUUAUAAUUGGCGAACCAUUCAUUGCUGAUGCAGAGAACCCAGAUCUGCGCUCACAAACAGUUGAGGCGAGUCGUGCUACUUUGCUGGCUGUUGCACGUUUACUUAUUAUCACGGAUAUGAUCGAUGUAGAUAUUUUGUUAAAGCAGGCGGAUAAAGUCAGACAAAAUUUUAAUGCCUUGAAGAAUGCCCAAUCAAAAUCUGAGUUGCUAAAAACUUCCCAAAAUUUGGAUAUGGAAUUGCACGAACUAAUGGAGAUGACAAGAAGACGUGUCCGUGAUUUGCGAGAUUCAGCUGCUCAGGAUGAUUUGCAAGCUGCUAUUGCGAUGUUAAAAAUAACUACACCUAUAAUGAUUGCAUCUUCUAAGGCAUUUCUUCAACAUCCAGGCCUGGACGGUCUCAAACUUAAUCAAAACUAUGCGGAAGAUGAACUUAAUCGGGCAUUAGACUGCUUUUGUGAUGCUGUUCAAGGUGACCGGCCGCAUGAUGAGUCAGCUUUUUCUCAACAUGGAAAACUUAACGAGCUUGCUUUGAACUUUGAAAAAUUCCAGCGACGUGUUUAUAUGGAUCCCUCUGAAUAUCAAUCCCAUCGGCACCGUCCUCAAUUGGAAGAAUUGCUUGAACGUAUUGCGAGUAGUUCGGGGUUAAUCGCGGAUAUGAAAACUACAAAACCUAUGCGUCAUGAUCAAAUUAUUUCUGGUGUGAACAAUUUACGGCAAGCUUUGCAAGAUCUUUUGAAGGAAUAUGAACGGAAUGUGGGAUCAAUGGAACCCUCUGAGGACCUCGACUUGUGCAAAGUAUUUUUAGCCCACAAAAUACGUGAUUUACGUCGGCACUUGCGUCGAACAAUUGUUGACCAUGUUAGUGACGUUUUUGUGGAUGUUCGGACACCUUUGUUGCAAUUGAUUGAAAAUGCGUCAAAUGGCGAUUUUCCAAGCACUGAACGAGCAGCUACUCUUUUUCAAACACAUGCUAACAAUCUCGUUGCGGUUGCACGUCUUGUCGCCAAUGUUUCCAAUGACGUUGAUGGUGUUAGAGUUCUUCGAUAUGCGACUCUUCUUUGUGAGAAAAUUGCACCGCAGGUUGUCAAUGCGGCUUUUUUACUAUGCGAAGAUCCGUACAGCGAAGUGCUUAAGGAAAAUAUGUCCACAUUCGAGCGUGUUUGGUUUGAUCGUGUUAAAAUGCUUACAAUGGCAGUUGAUUCUCUCAUAUCUUUUGAUGACUUUUUAGCUGCUAUUGUUGAACACAACAGUGAAAUGUUGGAUCGAAAUGCUGGUUAUAUUCGAGGACGUUCAGUUCGAGUUUGCGAUAUGGUGUUAAAUGAAAUUGGUCAAGUUCCUACUGAUUCUUAUAGUGAAAAUGUCAAGCGUGCAACUUUAUGUCUUCGGGAUAAUGUUCUUCCACACUUUAAAAAACGCGCCGAACAAAUUGUCUCCGCUUUAACUGAAGUUGAAAAAACAUUGAAAGAUGGCGAUGACGAAAGCCAACUGGAGACAGAAACAAAGCGAGAAGUUGAUGAGAUGAUUGAUGCAUGUCAACUUGUUUAUGAUGCUGUAACUGAUAUUCGUCAUGCUUUAUUGAUGAACAGAAAUCCAGAAGAUGUAGAUUCUGAUAAUGAAUAUGAAGAAGAUGGUUUGCCAUCUGAUGAAGCUUGUAGUCAAUCUUCGGCUUCAGAAAUGCAAAAUCAGCAACAAAUAAUGCGACAACUUCCGGAAGAAUCAAAGCGUGAAAUUCAAAAACAAAUUGAUGUUUUUAAGAUAACUCAAAGAAAGUUUGAAUAUGAAGUAGGUAAAUGGGAUGAAACAGGAAAUGAUAUAAUUGCGUUGGCUAAAAAGAUGUGUCAAAUAAUGAUGAAUAUGACUGAUUUUACAAAAGGUCGAGGUCCUUAUAAAACAACAAUGGACGUAAUUAAAGCCGCGCAGGAAAUUUCUGAAUAUGGUGCAAAAUUGAAUGGGUUUGCUCGUCAAAUUGGAAGCGAAUCAGUAGAGAGUAAUACAAAGAAGGAUUUAUUUGCUUAUUUGGAAAGAAUAACUUUAUUUUGUCAUCAAUUAAAUGUUACAAGCAAGGUAAAAGCAGAUGUUCAAGUUGUUGGAGAUGAGCUACGUGUGAGUGGACUUGAAGCAGCAUUUUCACUCAUUCAAAAUGCCAAAAAUUUGUUAAAUGCUGUUAUAUUAACAGUUAAAUCAGCUUAUAUUGCCAAUACAAAAUAUCGUCGAAAGGAAAAUACAAAACCGAAUGUUGUUGAAUGGCGAAUGGCUGCUCCACAAAAACAACCUUUAAUCAACGCUCCAGCAAAGAUUACUAAUACGCAUGGGAUUGUUCGACGCGCUUCGGAGAGACGUCAACCUCCAUUACAAGCUUUGACACAAUUCCAAAUUUCAAAAUGAAAAAAAAUUUAAUUGGCGCUGGUUGGCAAAUUUUCUUAAAACUUGGUUGUGCCUUAAUUCAUAAUUUAAUAUUUUU